CCCUAACUAACGUAUCUUCUUCUUUAUCAUCUUUCAAUUAAAAUACCAAAAAGAAGAUCAAAAUAUAUCCAUUAGAGCAUAAUUAAUUCAAUGGACAAUAAUUAUCUUUGGGAGAUCUUCACUAAUAACAAACAAAAUAUUAGUGAAGAUCAUGUUGAUCAUCACCACCACCUACUUCAGAUUCAGAUUCCUAAUUUCCAAUUAAAUGGAUUUUCCCAACAAGAUAAUCAAGAUCUCAUAAAGGAUCAUGUUGGUUCAUCAGUUAUUACGUCUCAAUUCCAAACAAGUUGUGAUCAGCUAUAUAAAUCUUCAACCGUCAACACAAAUACUUCAACUAUUACGCCUCAACUCCAAACAAGUAGUGAUUGUUUAUGUAAAUCUUCAUUCAGUACGAAAAGUACAAUUACGCCUCAGUUCCAGACAAGUUGUGAUCGGCUGUAUAAAUCUUCAGUCAACAGAAGUAGUACAUCAAUUAUUACGCCUGCUCAACUCCAGACAAGUUGUGAUCGACUAUAUAAAUCUUCAGUUGAUACUGAAAGUACUAAUCUUGAUAGGACUAAGGAGGGGUUAAGAAGUCAUGAUGAAUCAAAUAAGCUCAAGAAAGCUGUGCAUAGAAAUACUGAAAGGCAUAGAAGACAAGAAAUGGCAAAUCGUGUUACUUCUCUAAGAUCUCUAAUUCCCAUUGAGUUCAUCAAGGGUAAACGUUCAGCAUCAGAUCAUAUGCAUGCAGCUGUGAAUUAUAUAAAGUAUCUUCAGAAGAAUAUACGAGAGUUGGAUAAUACAAGAAAAAAGAUUAUUUCAUUGGAUGAUCAAAACAAAAGUUCAACAAUUAUUACUACUUUUCAGCAAAAUAAUAAUUGUAUCACAGUGAAUAAAUGUGAAGAUGGCAUGGAGAUUUUGAUUAAUGUCAAUAAUAGCCAUAAAGAGGAAAUAUUUUCUUUGUCCAAAGUGCUGAGAUGGCUACUUGAACAAGGGCUAAAUGUGGUUAGUUGUGAUAAUUCCAAACAAGAUGAAAGGACUUUAAUCAGGAUCCAAUGUCAGGUGAGUGAUAUAUCAUCAGGUCUCACUGUAGUUGGGCUGCAAAAGAAACUGACUGAUGUGAUUAAUUAGCGCAGAAAAAA